UUAAAGCCAUAUUAUAAUAUUUACAGAUUAGAGAAGGCUCUGGAUGUACUGAUCAACACUGGAAGAUUACCAGAGGCAUCUUUCUUUGCCAGAACUUACUUACCUAGUCAUGUAUCAAGAAUAGUAAAAUUAUGGAGAGAAUCACUUCAUAAUGUAAAAGCUGCUAAUUCAUUAGCUGACCCAGCAGAAUAUGAAAAUCUGUUCCCUGGUUUUGCCGAGACUGUAAAAUGUGAACAAUUCCUUAAACCACAGAGAAUGAGACGGUACCCAGCACGGACUUAUCCUCAAGUACCUGCAAAUUCAGACCGAGUACCGCUAGAAGAGAUGGCCGCUGCCGAGGAGAAGGGUGCAUUUAGUUACCAACGCCCACGACCUGAAGGGGAUGAUGAUGAAUUCGUUGAAGCCCCACAAUCACAACAAAAAUCUGAGGAUAAAGAUUUAGACUGGGACAGUGAACCCGAAACUGAGACAGCACCAACAGAACCAAAACCUAGUGAACCAGUCAAACCAGAACCUACUGAACAGGAAGAGGUUGUUAAUGAGGCAUCCGAGGAAGGUUGGGGAUCUGACUCGGACAUUGAGGAUUAUGAUGAAACUGAUCCAAAUAUAGAUCAGUCACAUGAUCAGUCAUGUGACAUCACUAGUGUGAACACUGAACAUGUUCCACAUGACAGUACACUGUACACACCUGUGGAGGAGGCUAAAGCAGUAACAGAACCUGAACAGCCUCAGUUAGGAGAGGAUGAGAUGGCCGACCUUGAAAAAGAAUUAGAACUUGACCUGAAAAAUCUCGAUGUUAAUGAUGCAGGGGAAUCAGGGGAGACUAAUCAGGUAUAACUAAAAGUGAAGUGCAUGGUUUUUACGUAGACAUGAUAUCCAAUAGUUGUAGUUUUUACUAAACAAUUUAGUAGUUUAUAACCUAACUGAAAGUUAAAAAGAUUGCUUGCAUAGGUAUGUAUAAAGCUGUAUUAUAUUUAAAAGCUGAAUAGUUGAUUCAUUAUUUUGCUUGUCUGAGUAUGUUAUGAUUAAAUAAAACUUU